UCAAAUAGUCGUUUGAUUAAAUGACGCAGAGUGCAGACAAGGCCACGGUCGAACAGUCGCCAGUCGAUUCGCCACCAGACUGCCGCCGUAGUUUAUUUUCGGAGCUAAUUCACUAUGAUACAGCGGUGAUACGAAGAAAUUUUUUGUUGUUGUUUGUUUUAUAUUGUGUUUUCGAGAUGUGAAAACGGUGUAAGAUAUAUAUCUUAUAACUGUUAAACGGACUUUUUUAAUAAGGUCCUUGAUAAAUCCCAUCCCACCAACGCAGCCUUGGUGUACCGGGUUGAACGUACAACCAUGUCUCUCCCAAUGCUACGCCGUUGUUGCGGGUGUGUCUCGUUAGAAAGAGGUUGCCUUCUACUAGCUUUAAUUUCCACUGUAAGCUGUAUAUUGUAUAUAAUAGCGGGAUGCUGGAACCUCCCACAGCAUAUGGAAAGAGAAAAAGAAGAUAAUCUUAUAUCCAUGACAAUGAUCAUGUUUUCAUCACUCUCCCUCAUCAGUAACGUGUUUGUUCUAAUCGGUAUUGCAAGGAGGCGACCGAACUAUCUCCAACACUCUCUAAUGUGCAACUCCAUGUUCAUACUGUGUAUCUUUCUUGUGGUGACAGUAACCUGUAUCUACAGUCCAGAGUUCAAACACUAUAAACAAUCCCCAGUGAAUAUUGUCCUUAUUGUUAUUGCCUGGAUAUGUGGAGCUGCUUACUCAAUGUACUAUUUGAUUAUAGUCAACAGUCUAUAUUUAAAAAUGAAGUUUUCAUACAGUGAAACCGGCUUGCCAAUGUAAAGAGCUGGCUGUUCGCAUUUACUCUUGUUGAAGCUGCUUCUUGAGAUUCCUGCUACCAGGAACAAUGCUAAACUACGGGUGAGGUCUAUACGACUCUGCGACCUAGGAGCUACGUAAAGAAACUGCAGAAUAUUGCUACGAGAUGGCGCUAAAACAUUAUUUGUAUUGUACAAUAUAGAGUACGUAAGUUUGCAAAUAUCAUAGGCAUUUUAAUGACUUUUGUUGGUAAACUAUUUGUGUGUACGUAUAUCUGUAUUAUAUAUUAAGAGGUUUUUGAAAUUGAAUCGAUAAAAUUUUACACUAUUUUAUUUGAGUACCAUCUUUUUUAAUGAAAUUUUGUUUACACUAUGACGAAAGCAACAGUAUAAUUUGGACAAGUGUACAUCGCUUAUGUGCAAUACAUAACAAAUAUCGCAAUGUGUGUGAUAAUGUAAGUAAGCAAAAACUAAAUAUAACUUAAGCUAGUCACUAUACAUAUUGAUUAUUUAAGUAAAUAAUCCUAAGGAGGUCCCGUGGGGUAGGUGACCAACCUGAUCCUGACACAAAUAUUGUUUCAUUGGGAAUCAAUCCUACGAGUGACUACAAAAUGAGCGGUUACUGUGAAAUUGUAACUUUAGUAAGCUUCGCGCCUGUUUUUUUUAUACAGAACAGGGCUCGCGAGUGCGUUGCCGGCCUUUUAAGAAUUGGUAAAAGAAAUGAAACAUGAGUGUUUAGUAGAAAUAUUUUUUGAGAUACUAAGUUGUAUUUUAGUAAAAACAGUUAAGUAACUAAAAAUACACGAAGCAUUAAUAAUAAUAAUAAUAGUUGUUUAUUUGCCAGGAUAGUGGUACAGUGGUUAGAUCGAUCAAUUACAAAUAUCCGCACAAUC